AACGUAUGUCUAUUCCUAGCAGCAAAGAAAGUCAAGCACUCCAGUCUCCUUCCCUUUCUUUCCUUAAGCUCCCUUUAUUGCACCAGUCUCGGUCGUCGCUGUGACUGUUUGUGUUUGUGUUUGUGUUUGUGAGAGAGAGAGAGGGGGGGACAGAAAGAGAGAGCUUUGGAAAAACUAGUAGUACUGAUAUUAUGGAAUAGCCUGAUAGGCAUUGCUUCUUUGACCCGAUCCCCUCAACAGUAAAAAUCCAUCAUCUCAAACAAAUCUUUCUUCUAGCUUUUCUUCCCAAAGACUUGAUCUUUUUCCUUGUCCAUCUGAACUGCAGUCGGAAGUCUGAAGACCCAUUUGCUGAAAGCCAUUAUAAAGAUUCACACCGGCUGUAAAUAUAUAUCUUUGCUUGCUAAUCUUCUUUUGAGGUAGCUAUUCUGAUUUUUCAGUUGUUUUAGUGCUUGUAUGCUACGCUGUUAAUUGUUUCUUGGAAAGCAAUCUGUAAUUGGGUUUGAAUCGUUUGAGUCAAGUCUUGCCUGUCCUCUCGGGAGCUAUAUUGUGUUGGUUGUGAAACUUGGGAUCAAUCAAUCAAGCUCUCAACUUUAUCAGUGGAGAACAAGAUUUCUUUUUCAUGUUGAUUUGAAGAAACCAUUCUUGCUUUUGUGGAUCCUUAAAUUUUCAGUUUAGGGCUCGACAGCGUCUUAGUUGCAGAGUGCUGAUUUGUUUCUGUUGGUGUGCAUUUGGUUUGGGGGACCUUAUGAGGCUUGGAGUUUCCAAAUCUGUAUAUACAAGUAUUCUGUGUGCCAGUCAACCAUAUAAGUAGUUUUUCAUCCCUUGGACUAUUUAGUUUCUGCUUGUGCCUUGACGAGGAUGUCACUCCAUAGACGAGCUCUUACUGCUCUUGCUGCUGUCCUUGCCUGGUUUUUUGCCAAUGCUUCUUUCAGUAAUGGUAAUCCGAGAGAUGUUGAUUGUCUGAGAGCUGUAAAACAGACGUUAGAAGAUCCGUUGAAUUCCUUAUCUACAUGGAAUUUUGACAAUUCAACCGAAGGUUUUAUCUGCAAGUUUACUGGAAUUGAAUGCUGGCAUCCAGAUGAGAAUAAGGUGUUAAAUGUACGACUUUCGAGCAUGGGACUGAAGGGGGAGUUUCCGCGUGAUCUUGCAAAUUGCUCAUCUCUGACAGGUUUAGAUCUUUCCAGCAACAACAUCAGUGGAAAAAUUCCACCUGACAUCUCCAGUAUAAUUAAGUUUGUUACCACUCUUGAUCUGUCCUCCAACCAUUUAUCGGGACAAAUCCCAGAAGAUCUUGCAAAUUGUUCAUUUUUAAACAGUCUUAAGCUGGACAACAACCAACUAACGGGGCAUAUUCCUCUAGAGAUUGGUCUACUUGAUCGACUGAAGACAUUUAGUGUAAAAAACAAUCAGCUGACUGGGCCUGUUCCAACGUUUAUAAAUGCUAGUGUUAAUGCAGACAGCUAUGCAAGUAAUCCAGGGCUAUGUGGGAGUCCGCUGCCGGCGUGCCAGGGUCCUUCAAAGAAACCACGGACAGGAAUUAUUGUCGGGGCAGCUGUUGGUGGGGUAACCAUUGCAGCUUUAGCGGUUGGUUUUGGAAUGUUCUUCUUUAUGCGUAGGUUGCCUGGAAAGAAGAAGGAAGAUGAUCCUGAAGGAAACAAAUGGGCAAAGAGCCUUAAGGGUGCCAAAGGCACCAAGCUUUCAAUGUUUGAGAAAUCAGUUUCAAAAAUGAGAUUAAGUGAUUUAAUGAAGGCCACCAGCAAUUUUAGCAAAAACAACAUAAUUGGGUCUGGAAGAACGGGUGCUAUGUACAAGGCAUUACUUGAGGAUGGAACAUCACUCAUGGUGAAGAGGUUGCAGGACACUCAGCACUCAGAGAAAGAGUUUGUUUCUGAGAUGGCUACAUUAGGAAAUAUAAGGCACCGCAACUUGGUUCCUCUCCUGGGGUUUUGCAUGGCUAAGAAAGAGAGGCUUUUAGUCUACAAGCUUAUGCCGAAUGGAUCCCUCCAUGAUAAACUGCAUUUCCCACAUGAUGCUGACAAAAAAAUGGAUUGGCCUUUGAGGCUUAAAAUUGCUGUUCGAGCAGCUAAAGGUUUUGCAUGGCUCCAUCAUAAUUGCAAUCCUCGCAUUAUUCAUCGAAAUAUAAGCUCCAAAUGCAUUUUGUUGGAUGUUGACUUUGAACCCAAGAUAUCUGAUUUUGGACUUGCUCGGCUUAUGAACCCCAUUGACACUCAUUUGAGUACUUUUGUCAAUGGAGAAUUUGGUGACUUGGGUUAUGUUGCCCCUGAGUAUACAAGAACCCUAGUGGCCACUCCAAAGGGGGAUGUCUUCAGUUUCGGUGUUGUGCUUCUUGAGUUGGUUACAGGAGAGCUGCCUACCUCUGUGGCAAAGGCACCAGAAAGCUUUAAGGGAAACCUGGUGGAAUGGAUUUCCAAUCUAUCAAUCAACUCCAAACUUCACGAUGCAAUUGAUCAGUCUUUGGUUGCAAAGGGUUAUGAUGGUGAGCUUUUCCAGUUUCUCAAAGUUGCCUGUAGCUGUGUACUGCCUGCACCCAAGGAGAGGCCUACAAUGUUUGAAGUAUACCAGCUUUUAAGGGCCAUUGGACAGCGAUAUAACUUCACCACAGAAGAUGACAUUUUGGUGCUUUCAGAAAAUGGAGAUGCAGAUCAACUACAGGAGCUUAUUGUUGCUCGUGAAGGAAUAGAGAUGCAAUAAAGCGCGAUAUUGCCCUGAUGGUGCAUUGCAUGCUUCUGUGGCUGUAUUACAUCAGAAAGACGCAAUUUUUCAAGCAUGGUUAUGCUUUCAAAAAGGCUUGGAUAAUAUAUGGCACAACAACCAAUAGAGUCUCAGAUGGCCAUGGCAGUGUGUAAUUUCAGAACAGCAGUGUAUUGUUUCAUAGUUAAAACUGAGAGAAACAAACGAGGCAUGGACAUUACAAGUUUUAUCCUCGUAAUAUCACACUCGUAUGUCUCCUUUAUUCUUCCAUCUUCCUCUUUAAUACCUCAUUCCCAAGAGAUAAUAUGGGUAGGGGUAGCUAAAUAUACUUCGCAUAAGUGACAAAUUUCUCGUGUGUUCCCUGCCUUCCCUUUCGUCAGUAAACCUUGUGGUAAAUGUCCUACUACUUUAUUGGGAACUUCAUUAGGGGAGCAAGACAUGCAACGAUACACUUAGCGGACAGCGUCUAUCCUGCCACUCUGCCUAGUUUGAAAGCACACUUGCAUGGAGACAUGCACACACACACACACACGAACAAUUAGAGACAUGCACAUGUACACAUACAUAAAUUGAAAGCAGUGAUUAAGCUGACCGACAGCAGUAAAAAACGGAUUACCUUUCCUGUACCUUUGAAGGUUCAGUUCUUAUGAGACUCUGUUAUUUACUAACUCUAUAAUAUUUUGUUAUCCUGUUUAUC